AUGGAUUGCGCCCUGAGGCGGAGCCUUGGCGCGUCUCCGGAAAGCGAGCUCUUGGAACGCCGUUCACUUGCGCUGAGAAUGUCGUCGAGAGCCGAUCACAUCCUCUGCUGGCUCCUGAUUCUACCAUCGGUUCUGGCACAUCGAAAUUACUAUUCCCCAAAGGUUAAUAGUAGUCUCAAGUAUGGAUAUCAUUAUCCAAAUUAUAAAUAUGGAAGUUAUGGACCGAAAUACGGGUACUACCAGCCAGGUAUGUAGGGCCAAUUAUUGUAUUGUUUUCUUGUAUAUUUCGCUGACAAAAAGCAUAGCAAAACCCAAAUGGAAGUCUCUCUUACCGUUCACAAAUUUCUUGUCCAUUGGUUGGUCAAAUCCCUUAAUUUUAGCCGCUCCACGUAUUGUAGCACGUCCAACCAUUCCACUUGUUCCUAGAACCUACUACUAUCCUACAGCACCUCAACAAACCUACCAAACUUAUCAGCCACAGUAUCAGCAACCUUAUACCAAAUACGAUUAUUCGGCCUAUAACAACUACUAUAAUAACUACUACAACUACCCCAGCUACAACUACGGAAACUACUACGGGUAUGGAAACAAUGUGCCCUACGGGUAUUCAAGAGCUCCAGGAGAAUAUUCGGUGACUUUGGAUAGUAAUAGCAAAUUUUAUGUAUACAGUGAGCACACGGGUAAUGGACUGUAA